AAUACGUUUGUAUGAACAAGGCUUGAACGUAAAGAUUUCAUCUUCAACAAAAAGAUGUUUGAAAAAUCUAUAUAAAUUAGAUGAUAUAAAUAAAAAAGUUGAUGCUAUGAAGUCCGUUUACAGUGUGUUUAACCGUAACAAAGACAAUGAUGACGAUUUUAUUAGAAACAUAAAACAAUUUAAAGAAUUGUUUAAAGACGAUAAUUUACUUCACUGCACCUUUCACGAGUUCCAGUCCCUCCUCGAAUCAAUAUCUAACCGGGCAGAUAAAUUAAAUGAAGUUACAGUUAGCGUUAUGACCGUUCUUGGAGAAUCAUUUAACUUGCUACAAUUCCUUGCUGACAUUGCUGAUGCGGAUAUAAGAACUUUGAUAGAUGCAGUGGAAUAUAUUUCGGAGCAACAUAUACAAGGUCGAACUGUUUCUGCUUUAAAUGAAGUAAAACGUUUUGUGCACCCAUUACUCGUUUAUCUUGGGAAUGAAAAGCUGAAUAUCGAUAAGCUUUUUGAAACAAUAGAAACACAAAUAAUGAAUUUAGGAACUUAUGCAAAAGAAUUGCAUUUAAAAAUAGAUGACUGUAAUCGUAAUUUCCAUAAUUUAAAAUCUUUAUAUAACAGAGUAUGUAAUCGCGGUGAGCAAACGAAGGAAGUAGUGUCAAACUUUAUUAGGAAAAGCAAAGUAAAAUUUGUCAUAUUCAAAGAAGAGAGACAAGUUUGUUUCUAUUCUAUUUAUGAAGAUGAAACUGCAAAAAGUGGUGUUAAAAUCAUCAAAAAAAAAGAUGAAUCAACAUUAAUAGAUUAUAGAAGUCGUGCAUUGUUACUAAAGAACGCAGAAUGGAACACACAAACAUACAGUUUCAAUCGAGAGGAUCGAGCGGAACUUGAAUUAUUUAUCAAUUCCAUUAAUCUUUGUAUGGACAUAAAGGACAUUCUGUCACAGCUUUUAGUUUUAGGCCAUAUACUGUAUACGGGUAAUGAAUUAGAUGAAAAUGUUUCAGAGCUUCAACAAUUAAAAUGCAACCUUGAAACAAAAUUAAGCGAAUGGUCCAAUGAACUAGAAAAUGAGCGGAACAGAUUUUAUCUUUUAAAUUUUGUUCAGGGUUUUGAGAUUCACGCUUUAUAUGAUUUCUUAAGGAAUGGUAAAGGUGGAUAUACUGCAGAAACUAUUCUAAAAUCUAUUCAUCCUCUCAUUAAAGCAGACAAAAAGAUUCGUAAUAUAUACGAUAAAGUGGAAAUUGAAAACAGAUUGGUUAUAAGAAAUAUAGGCCAUGUCUUACAUACUGCGCAUCAGGGAAUUAAAAGAUUUACAAGAUCAUUUCCAAUUGAAGCAUCAACAUCAAGGAUGUCCGACAUAGUUCACAAAGGUCAUGUAAGAAUCAUAAAUGUAGGAGACCAGGCAAGAUCCGUUUUUCAGACAGUUCUUGCUUUGUAUAGAAAUACGACUCAGACGCUUCCAGAAACUCACCAACUGUUGAUAUGCCGGCGCAGUACAAGAUGGGAAGAGGUUCAUUUACUACUUGCGCGAUGUUUUGGGGCAUAUACAUUUUAUGACGAAACGCCUUUGUUCUGUCUUGUUAGCGUUGAAAAUUUAGAGCGAAGUAUUCAAGACAAACUUGCUCAAGCUAUCAAUAAUGUCUCUGCAGAAGAUAAUUUUCUACUUUCCAUUAUUUGCAAGAGGUCUAAAAAUCUUUUCGAAAUGAACAAAAGAGACGAAAUGGAAACAGUUAGACCACUCACAGAUGAGGAAACAAGAGUGAUUCUCAGGAAAAUAGAACCAAAUGUAUGCACAUACAGCUCUGAAUUAGCAGGACUUGGUAAAACAUCAACUAUAUAUCAAACAUCAUUAUCAAACAGUUUAACUACGAGAACGUUACAUAUAAGCGGACCGUUCAGCAGAAGAAAGGGAAUUGAAAUGCUACAAAAUAUGAGAAUGAAAUCAAACCAAGUUCUCCACCUUGAUAUUAGCCUAGUUAGCAAACCAGAUGAGCUUGAUCUUUUUUUGUCAGAGUUAAUACUUCUCCAGUAUAUUUCCGAUGAUAAAGGAUCAUUCUUUCUCAACACAAAACAUAUUGCAAUCGAAAUCGCAAAUUCUAUAAAUAAUGAGUUAAUUGACUCUUUAACAAUUGCCACUUUGUUUCAAAGAAAACAUUUAACAUUUGAUUCGUAUCAAAGUUUUACACCAAGCUUAGAGAUAAAUAGUCCUCUACAAGUUGUUUGUCAUUAUCUGAGACGACUAAAACUGAAAGAAACUGACAAGAAUGAAAUUCAUUUUUCUAGACAUGCAAACAUUCAGCCCAUUAGUACUGAUGAAUGUCGAGGUUUAUUAGAAAAUGCUUAUCCGCUUACUAAGGACACGUCCUUCAAUACCAUUUACAUUUUUUUAAAUGUAUUAUCAGAUCAACUUAAAAGACUUUCAGCAAGUCCUUUCUUUAGGAAUAUUCAUAUUGCUGAUAUGAUUGGUGACAAAAGAGAUAAUAACAUACGAAGUACUGUAGUAGAAAUGAUGAUGAAUACAGCGAAAGAAUUUUCAACGCGGUCAGUUGCGACAUGUAGAUACCUGCAAGUGUCGAGUAAAGAAAAGCUGCAGUCAUCUGACUAUUCUGUCAAAAGGACGGAUGAGAUGAUACAGUGGCAAAGUAGUAAUCACCUCAUCUUCUAUCUCCAUCAUGACGCAAGAUCGGUAAACGUGCUGUAUCGGGACAUUUCAAAAGUACGAUUCCAGUUGCGAGAGUUUUUUGAAAAUCAAAUGAAUGAAAAACUUAACGAUUAUAUGAAAAUGAGUCAGGAAGAACUGCGAGAAGUUGUACAAAAAGUUGGGCACGGAAUGUCUCACGAGAGUCAAGAACUGCCUGAGGAUUAUGUUUUAACUCCCGACAAUGUUCUUAAAAUGGUGAUUACACUAAUGAGGAUAAAUGCACAAGUACCUGUAUUAUUGAUGGGAGAAACUGGAUGUGGUAAAACAACUCUAGUGAAAUAUCUUUCACUUAUUUGCAAAAUACCAUUCAGUGAAUUGCGUAUCCAUGCUGGGUUAGCGUCUGAAGAAAUUGAGAAAACAGUCUUUUUUAUGCACAAGAAAUGUUGUGAAGAUCAUACGUUACAGCGAUGGUUAUUUCUUGAUGAAGUAAAUACAACAGAGCAUAUAGGAAUGAUAUCCGAUAUCAUAUGUCAUAAACAGUGCAAUGGUACCAUACUUGCUCCAAAUUUAGUAAUUAUCGGAGCUUGUAAUCCAUAUAAGAUGAAAUCGGAAUCUCAAAUGAAGGCAACUGGACUAAAAGGAAAGUUGAAAUUUGAUAGUUUAUCAAAACUUGUUUAUAGAGUUCAUCCUUUAACAGAAUCAAUGCUUGAUUAUGUUUGGGACUUUGGAUAUUUAUCUGAUACUGAUGAAAGAAUGUAUAUUCAAAGAAUGACGAAUGAUGUAUUUACAAAGGAAAAAAGUAAUUUGCUCACUGAACUAAUAGCCAGUUCUCAGAAGUUUGUUAGAGAAUCUGAAAAGUCUGAAUUUGCUGUCAGUUUGAGAGAUGUUUAUCGUUGCAAGGUGCUUAUCAAAUGGUUUACUGGCAUAAUUCCUCAGAAGCAAGUAAGUUUGAAGAUGGAUAAAGUACAGAUUUUAGAAAAUGCAACCAUUCUUUCUUUGACACAUUGUUAUCAUUGUCGUUUUUCCGGACGAAAUCAAAGAACAGAUUACCGAAAGAUGCUAGCGUCAGUAUUUUUACAGUAUAAUUAUCCAAGUUUCACAGAGGAAUACAUUUAUGAUGUUAUGAAGACUGAGCAAAACGAUAUUCUUGAAAGAAUGAAUGUUCCUGCUGGAAUUGCAAAAAAUACAGCUCUUAGAGAAAAUGUAUUCAUGUUGUUUGUAUGUAUUUUAAACAAGAUUCCUAUUUUCCUGGUGGGUAAACCAGGCUGUAGCAAAUCCUUAGCUAUUCAACUUAUUCGAAGUAAUUUGAGAGGGGAAGAUUCAACUGAUCCGUUUUUCAAGACACUACCCCAACUGUAUUGUGUCUCUUUCCAAGGUACAGAAUCUUCAACAUCAGAUGGGAUAAAAAAGGUAUUUGAAAAAGCAGAACAAUACCAAAAAACAUUUACAGAUGAUAACAUAUUGUCUGUUGUGAUCCUGGACGAAAUUGGCUUAGCAGAAAUAUCACAGUUUAAUCCAUUGAAAAUUCUUCAUAACUUACUUGAACCUGCACGAGGAGGAUUGCCCAAUGUUGCAGUGGUUGGAAUAUCUAAUUGGGCACUUGAUGCAUCAAAAAUGAAUAGGGCGGUACAUGUUUCGAGGCCAGAUAUGGACAUAGAUGAAUUGAAAGAAACAGGCAUUUCGAUUAGUGAAUCUUUAACUAAAGAUGUUGAAAAAUGUCAAAGUUUACAAGUGCCAAUAAAUGAUGUAAAUUUGACCAAAAACAUGGAGAUAUUACUCCACAACAUUGCAAAAUCUUACAAAUCGUACACCAAGACAUUGAAAUUCAAAAGCUUUUUUGGACUUCGAGACUUUUAUGCAUUGGUAAAAUUCGUAACAAGAGCAUUUGCUAAGGGAAGGUUUACACUUUCCUCUAGAGAAGAAGCAGGUGUGAUUUUGGAAGGAUUACAAAGAAACUUUGGCGGUCUUCCCGCAGAACGUGGAACUUUAAUGUUUCAUUUUCGAGAUUGCUUCAGAUGUGAAUUACCGAAAAUGAAAACAAUCAGUGAUCUUAUCUCUGAUAAUGUGAUCGAUAUAUCUGCAAGACACCUUAUGUUAAUUACAAAAAGUGACUCAAUGAUUGCGAGUUUGGAAUCUAUUUUAAAUAAAUCAGGUCGCAAAAACACAGAAUUGAUAUUUGGAAGUCAUUUUGAAGAAGAUUUAACAGACGACUAUAAUUAUAGAAUACUUAAUAGAAUUAUCAUGUGUAUGGAGCAAGGGGUAGUUCUGAUUUUAAAGAAUUUAGAGAAAAUAUAUGGCAGUUUGUACGAUAUGCUGAAUCAAAACUAUACUAGAAUUGGUAAGCAUAAUAGCUAUUGUCGAGUUGCUCUUGGGCCCUAUAGCAACCCUUUUGCAUAUGUUUUUGAUUCAUUCCGAUGUAUUGUUAUUGUUGAUGAACGGAAGCUUGAUUAUGCCGAUCCGCCUUUCUUGAAUAGAUUUGAAAAGCAGUAUAUAACAUAUGAUAACCUAUUGAGUAAGGACGACAAAGAUGUUGCCACAGAACUUGAUAACUGGUUAGACAACAUGUGCACAAUAAUUGGCAAAUCUUUCGAAAAGAAGGAUAUUCUUCCAAUUUACAACAAUGCACUUAUGAAGACGUUAGUAUUGAAACAAAGAAGACUUACUUCCAAGACAAAAUACUUCAAAAGUCGAUGUAAAGAAGAAAUGUUGUGGCUUUUUCGACCAGAAGCGAUUGUACGGUUGUCAAAAGCUGUAGAUAUUGACAUACAGCAUCAGUCUGAUAAAAUAAAUAAAGAGUACUUUGCUCUACCUAUACAUGAAGGAAUAGCUAAAUAUGUAGAGUUUGAAAGAGAUCAAAUAUUGGAUGAAAAUCAUUUGAACAGAUCAAUUGUUUUCACAUAUAGUAAUAUCUCUUCAAAAGUAGAACAUUAUUUUAGCAAAUGGGACAUCCAAUUUGAAAAGCUACAAACAUUUAAGUCUGAAAAACAAUUGAGGGCGAAAAUUCAGUCGUUUUGGGAGAGCUCAAGUUCCGAAAUAUUGUUUCUGCAGUGCAGUGGUAAAGAAGAUGCGAGUAAUAUAAUGUUAUGUAAGAAUAUAAUGGAACGUUAUAGCUCUGAAUGGAUUGAGAAGAAAUCUUCAAGUAUAAAGAAACAUAUUUAUCUUGUUAUUCAUCUUGUAGGAGAAGACUCAAGUGUUCUCGAGGAAAUUAACUUUCUCUCCGGAUGGAAAAUGGUUAUGAUGGAUUCAUUGGAGCCUGACCUGCUAUACUUAUGCAAAACAAGUUUACUAAAGGUUAUAGAAAACAAACAACCUUUAUCUCCUAUUUUGAAAAAAGAAUUAUUUUGGGCAUUUACUAAGAUUCGCUACGGUAGUUCUGGGCGUCAAAAUGAAGAGAUAGGAAACUUAGUUGACAUGCUGAAGAAAUCAAAUCCCUUUCUUUUUUGUCUUGAAAAGCGGAUAUUUGCAGACAUAAAGAACAGAUGUAAAGAUGCUAUCAAUUUUAAGUGGCAAACACAAGUCGCAUCUGACGUUACAGCACUAAAAACGUCUACAAAUUUUACCGAAGCACUUAACAGGUUUAUAUUAGAUGCCAUCAAACAUCCGCUGUCAAAAUUCAUAUUUCUACUAGAAUCAAAAGGUGCAUUACACAGCUACUUCGCGAAAGAUGAUUAUCAGUGUGACAGACAGCGUUUGUGGGAGUAUUUGUUCGAAAGUGAUAGAAUUGUUUCGAUAGCAGAACUACAAGAUGGGUUUGGACCUUGCUGUUACAUAUGUGAAAGAGUUCAUAGAUCGUUGAGUAUGCCAUUUAGCCAAGUGAUCUUUGAAACUAUAGAAGCCAAGCGCGAUUAUUUUAUAGAGGAUAUGUCAAAACUUCGGUCACAGUCUGAAAUACAUGAUGACGAUAUUCUUCCAGAUGAUGUCAUGAAUGAACUAGUAUAUCAACUUGAACAUUACAUAUUUGGAACUAUUCCAUAUAUUCAAAAAUUAGAGUACAGAAAUAUGAAAGAAGAUUACAUAUCAGACUUUUGUACUUUAGUGUCUUUUACUGCAGGUGUUACUGCCAAUUCAGAUGCCAAUCAGAUGUCUAUGCAAUACAUGAAAUGGGCAAUACAGAAAAAAAUGAGUUGUAAGUCUGAUUAUUCAGACGUUUUUGCAAGACUUCACAUAACUUUCUGGACAAAUCAAAACAUGUUCAGAGCUAUUCUACAAUUUCUUGACGCCUCGUAUAGUGAAGCGGAUCACAUGUUUUUUAUGUCUCUUAUUGAAGACGACAAUUCUUUGCAAUCAGAAUCGAGUAAAUUGUCAACGUCCGAAGAGACCAAUUUUUCCGUGGCAACGGGCAGUGAUGAAUUUGAUGGGGAUUUAAACUCUCCUGAUCCCUUUUAUCAAUUCUUAGCUGAAUCAUGUCGCUACUAUAUCCCAUCAACAACGUAUCUACUUAAACAAGGAGACCUUUCACUUUGGCAUUUCAGAUUAAAAACUAUUUUUGCAAUUGCUCCAUAUAUUUCGCCUGAGCCACAUCUACUUUUUGUGCUAAGGUUUUGUGAUGACGUGUUUUUACACUUGAAUGAUAAGAUGCCCAAAGAUAUACUGGGACGCCUCGGUGACAUACUAACUACAAAUAGAUUAGAUUCUGAAUCAACAAGCGAAACAAUAAGCACGUUAUUUCAAAUCGAGGAAGAUUAUGUUCGAAGAUAUCAACUAGAAUGCACGUCUACAGAGAAAAGACAUGUUAUAAUUUCACAGUAUCUCAUUAGGUGUCUUCAGACAAAUAGCCAAACUCUGGUUUAUUGCUUUCUGUUUGACCUGAUACAACAAUCCACAAUUCCAGACAGCCAAAUCGGCCAUUUUAGGUGUCCGCUAUUCAUAUUUCUUCAGUUAGAAAAUACUGACUAUGGCCUUUCAAACUUGGUCGUGCCCGGAGAAAAGUGGAACAGUUAUUCAGGUGCGAAAAUUAAUGAAUCUGAAAGAAAUUUUUUAUCACUACUUGAUAAAUGUUUAAUCCAAGAGCUUAGAAAAAGGGGAGAUAGUCCAUUUUGCAUUUUGAUAACAGAUCUUUUGAAAAGAAUAUUCCUUGAAAUAGAAGACAAAGAGUACCCACAACUUAUUUUAGAUUGUGUUUCUACUCUUCAAGUUGAAGUUGGUGGUUUGAAAAGCGUUGCAUCUUUCUCGUUUCUUAAAACAGCCAUUAGCAAACUUCCAAGCAUCUUUGACGAGUACUCAGAGGUUAAUCAAGAAAUCAUUAAUUCCUUGGAUUUAAUGUUCGUAGGACUGGCAGAAAAAGACAUUUGCAAUACAUUGAAGGUAUAUCUGUUGAAAGAAAUAUCUUUUAAUGUACCUCAAUAUGAAGUGAUUAUACGUCUUAAACGUUAUGCACAGAAAAUUAAAAGUAUUGGACAUAUAAAUUUGAAUGACAAAAGCAUAAAUAAUACGCUGGAUAUGAACCCAUUAGCAGUUUUUUUUACUGAACACAGUAAAAGGGAUAUUCAGUUGUUACUCAAAGAAAAACCUCACACUCUGACGUUUGAGUACUUGAUUUCAAUAAUGUCUUCCCUAAUACAUAUAUUUUUCUUAAAAACACUGCGAGGGUCCCUUACAGAUACUGAAAAGAGAAAGAAAGAUGAAACGCUGAAAGAAAUUCAGCAUAUGAAAUUUUCAGACAAAUAUUUUGUUGUAGUGGAAGCCCUUCUGGACCGAUCUAGGAUGAUCACUAAAUCGUUUACAUUGACGGAAGGCAAACAAAUAAGUUCAAAGGAAUAUUUUCAAUUAUUAGUUAUUGGCUCCUUGUAUGCUUUGUCUGUAAGCAAUCCUGAAGAAGAAAAGAUUUUCAUGACCAAAUGCUUGACGAAUCCAUGUUCUUUGGCUUCAUGUUAUAUACCUGGAUUUUUAGAUAAAAUGAGACAAAAACAACGUCAACUCUUUCCUUACCAUACAAAUAUCCCUGACGUCAUUUUCUCUGAAUGUAGAAGUUGUGAACUGAGACUGGCGUUCAAUGAAAAAGCUACUACAUAUGUAUGUCCUGUUUGCAACCAAACUGUGCAAUCUGAACUCAAAUCUAAAAACCUUCCCGGAGCUUCAAAUUUUAUUGAAACAAAAGGUUUCGUUCAAGAUAACCACGACGAUGACGUUUUUACAAGAAUUCGUAACAUUUCCCCAUUAUCGAAACAUAUUUUGCAAUUUCUUAUAAAAUGUAAUAUACUUGGGUCAUUUACACUAAGAUUUUGUGCUAAAGAUAACUUUAUUUCAGCUUGUAAGCUAGAAAAAACGGAUUGUUCAAACCUGCAUGAACAAAUAAAAGCACACUGGAAGCAUAUUUCAACAAUGAUCAAUUGCGACGAUUUUUAUGUCAGCUCUUUCCUGUUACAUAUCAUGCACCGUUCUCAAAAUUUACUUUUUUUUCCUCAUUCAAAUUUAGAAACGCCAAAUGAAAGAAAAAUCUUUGAAAGUAAAUUUGAAAAAAUUGUUCAAGAUAUCAUCAAAAAUGGCAGUAAAGGAAUGCUUGAUUUUAUUCGUUCAUAUAAAGAACUUCCCGAGAUUUCAACCGACUGUAUUGAAUUUCAAAUCAGGGAAGCUGAUGAUAUAUCAACGAUGGACACGAGAAAACGUAUUGAAACAUUACCGGGCCUUUUCAGGAAAGAGAUUCCACCAGACACUUCUCAUUUGCUGUACAAAUUAAAGCAGGAAAACUCGCAUCAUUUUCUUCAGUUAGUAAUCACAGACAAUUUUUUGCUGACAUUGCCAAAACACAUAUAUAACCUUAUCCAGUGGCAUAUGAUAACUGUAGCAAAUACUUGCUACAUGAUGAAAAGCUACGAAUGUUCUUCCGUCAAAGUUAUAAAUUUCCUGGAUUCAUUCAAAGAAAUGAGAAACCAACAAGUUGUUAAAAAACGUUUUGAAGCAUUCAGAGAUUCUUGGAAUGAGCUUUCAGACAUUUCAAAGCAUACCGAUAUUUUACCAAAAAUAAGUCAUAUCAAUUCCCAAAGCAUACUCUCAGAAUGUCUUGUCAUUGAUGAGCAUUCGUUAUUAUUUGAAAUUUUAUCAAGCCUAGUCAAUAUACAAAAUAACGUCUUGGAUUAUGCUCUUGCUUUGAAAUUUAACAGUUCUAAUUUAGAUAUGCUUUGGAGAGGAAACAACGUUGCAGCUGUUCAUACUAUAUCUGUUACUGAUACUAGACAAUGUCAUUUUAUUGAUAUGACAACCGAAUUAGCAGACGCGAUGGAUAAUUGGGCAUACAGUGAAUUAGGAUAUGGGACAGUUGGUAAUGUCAUUUACGAUUUUGAUCAUAUUGAGCAAGAAGUUGUAGCGAAAAUUCUUGUUGGAAAACUGCAUUUAAACAUAGACACUUUACCUAAAAUUAUAUUUAUUGACCAUAUGUACAGACAGUUUUCUGCGUUAGUUGAAGAUAUCCGUCUGUCUACAAAGCAAGAACCACUUCCGCUUGAUACAGAAACAUUGAUUAUUGAGAGCAUACAAAAGAGUAAUACGUCUGCACUGAACUUAAUACACUAUUUAGAUAUGCUUAUGACACUCCUCAGAAAAACAAAAUUAACUACCGAGGGAAUGACAUUGGUUGAUUUUGCUGAGAAGAAAAGCAGUAUAAUAUGUCGUCCGUUUCCAAAAGAGUGUCUCCCAAACCCAGAGAGUUGUGUCAAAAUAAGUCAUAUUAUAUCAUUACAUGAACUUUUGGAAGAAAAAUGUGCUUUUCCACUCCUUGAUGGCCUUGCUGAAAGAUUUUGUAUCCCAUUAGAGCCUGAUAUGAAACAACAUUUUGAGAAAAUGCCAUGUAAUGAUAUAGCACAAGCUGAAAUAACUGUUAAGGCAAUUAAGUUGUUCGUAUACAGAUGCAUGUCAAUGAAUAGAUUAGAGCCAGACCAACAGCUUUUAACAUACCUUUCUGAUGCCUCAUUUUGGCCACCUUCUAUGUAUAUAUUGGAGGACAAAAGGAAGAUCGAAUUAUUGAUUCCACAAAAUGUGAUGGUUAGCCAUGUGCGUGAUAUAGUCUUCAUCCUAACUGAUGAAAUAAGGGUAAGAGAUUAACCUUAUUAAUUUGCUUGAUUAAAGAUGAUGUUAGUAGUAAGUAGUAGUCAUGAUGAAUCAUCUACAGUUUGUAUUGAUUUAGAGAAUUAUUAAACAAAUUAUAUGGGCGUAAAAUGGUGUUUAAAGAUUUUAAGCUGUAUAUAUGCUGAUUGCUGUUCAAACAUAAGGAUUGUUUUAAUUAAAAAAGAAUAUUUCAAUAUGAAAGAAAUUUACAAAAAGCGAAUGGCGCAUGAUUAAAUCAUGACUUAGAUGCAUUAUAUUUUGAAAUUUAUAAAUUUUAUCGAAAUUUUCAUUAGAUAAAGCUUGAUACCAUUUUAAUUUAUAUAUUAAAUUACAUGAUGAUUUAAUGAACUUUUUUGUAUUUCGAAUUUUCAGAAUAUU